AUGCAAUCUAAAGAUGAUGAGUUGAAAACUCGAGACUCUGUCUCCUCGUUGAGAGAAUUGAAUUCCAAGCUUGUAGCCGAGAUUGCCGAGCUUAGAAAGGAGAAUGCCAAGAUUCCCGAACUUAGAAGAGAGAAAGAUUUGCUUAUGGCUAGAAUCGUAGAAUUAGAACGAUCCGCAAAAGAAAAUGCAGAGAAUAUAAAGUUAAGAGAUGCUAAUCUCGAUGAAGGGAAUGCUAAACGAGAUGCUGAAAUUAUAGAGCUUAGAACAAAGAUAGCAAAAUUAGAAUACAUUAUUGAGGAAAACAGACUUAAAAUUCGAUGCGAAUUUAUGCACCCAAAAUACGCGUGCAUCAAGAAUGAUUG